GGGGGAGAGGAGAUGGAACACUCGCUUGAGCAUCCAAAACACACGGGAGCGGUUCGCCACCGAGACCGGAGCACCGGACCCACCCGAAGCAGCGGCGCGCUCCCCGUCCUCCCUUGACGCCUCUCCGCCGCGCGUCGGCGCCCUGCCUCGGCCAGAGGCAUUAAUCUUAACGCCCUCCGUCUCCGCUGGUGAUUCCUGCGCGAGGAUCGGAAGGAGACUCUAUUUCCUCAAUAAAGACCUUUGUUCCCCAACAUCCGCCGCAGCUCCCUUCCCCACCUGCCAUGGUGACAUGACACACCCCUGAGUGGCUUUGCUCCUUUCUCGCACACAAAGACCAUCUCCUGGGCUCCUCGGACCCCUGAACUCUUGGCUCCAGCAGACAAAAAACAUCUCCCCCCUCCCACGCCCCAACACCUCCCCCUCUUCGCGAUGACGGUGGCCGUGCGAUUCCGUCGCCACUUGCGCAGGCUCCUGCUCCUGCUAGCCUCCUGCUGCCUCCUCUCCCUCCUCCUCUCUGCCUACUUCCUGUUCACAAACUCCUCCCCUUCCAUGCAGCUUGGACAAUCCCCCGAACCCGCCUGCUCCCAGCCGCUGUCGCCCUACCAUCAACUUCCGUACCCGUACCCCCCCAACCCUCCUCACACGCAUAUCCACACGGACCCAGUAGUGCUGGUGCUCGUUGAGUCCCAGUACUCCCAGUUGGGUCAGGAUAUUGUGGCUAUAUUGGAGUCAGCGCACUUCCAGUUCCGCAUGGAGAUCGCCUCGGGGAAGGGCGACCUUCCGCCGCUGACAGAGAAAGGUCGUGGCCGAUAUUCCCUCAUCAUUUAUGAAAAUCUAUUAAAGUACGCACAUGCGGACACGUGGAACAGACAGCUGUUGCAUCAAUACUGUACUGAGUACAGAGUGGGCAUCAUCGGUUUCUACCGCUCCACCGAGAACUCACCGCCUUUCCUCAAGCUCAGAGGCCUCCCCGUGGUCCUUCGUACCAACCAGGCACUUUGGGACUGCUGUGUGGUGUCUAGCUCACCUCUGCUCCACCUGACCAAGCCCGGCACAGAUCGGGGGGCUCUACCGGGGGCUGACUGGACCUCAUUUUCCUCUAAUCACUCCACCUACCAGGCUGUGCUGCAUGCACGGGCCAAGGAGGGAGCCGGGGCAGGUAGCGGCGAUAACCCGGGGCCGGGCUUCAGCAUAGGCCUCCAAGCCACGGUGGUGCAGGACAUGGGACUGUACGAUGGGGUGAGGCGAGUUCUGUUUGGCCAGGGACUUGGCUACUGGCUCCAUCGACUCAUCCUGGUGGAUGCCAUCUCCUACCUCACAGACAGGAAGCUUGCCUUGGGUCUGGACCGGCACAUACUGGUGGAUAUAGACGACAUUUUCGUGGGAAAGGAAGGAACACGGAUGAAUAACAAGGAUGUGAAGGCUCUUCUUGAUACUCAGAAACAGCUGCGUUCUCAGAUCUCCAACUUUACCUUCAACCUGGGCUUCUCGGGGAAGUUCUACCACACAGGCACGGUGGAGGAGGAUGAGGGAGAUGAUUUACUAUUGAAGUAUGUGGACGAGUUCUGGUGGUUCCCCCACAUGUGGAGCCACAUGCAGCCUCACCUCUUCCACAACGAGUCCUCACUGCUGGAGCAGAUGGUCCUCAACAAGGAGUUUGCUCUGGAGCACAGCAUCCCAGUGGACAUGGGCUACGCCGUGGCCCCUCACCACUCAGGUGUCUACCCUGUUCACCUUCAGCUCUACAAGGCUUGGAGACACGUGUGGAACAUCCAAGUGACCAGCACGGAAGAGUACCCCCAUCUCAAACCGGCACGCUACCGCAAGGGUUUCAUCCACAACGGCAUCAUGGUGCUGCCCCGCCAGACGUGUGGCUUGUUUACUCAUACGAUCUACUAUAAGGAAUAUCCUGGUGGACCAAAGGAACUGGACAAAAGCAUCCUUGGAGGAGAGCUGUUUCUCACUGUGCUGCUCAACCCCAUCAGUAUAUUCAUGACCCACUUGUCUAACUACGGCAAUGACCGACUGGGCCUUUACACUUUCGUCCACCUGGCCUCCUUCCUUCGCUCCUGGACAAACCUGAAACUCCACACACUCCCGCCCAUGCAGCUUGCACACAAGUACUUCCAGCUUUUUCCUGAACAAAAGAACCCACUGUGGCAGAACCCAUGCGAUGACAAACGACACAAAGACAUCUGGUCUAAAGAGAAAACCUGUGACAGGUUGCCUAAGUUCAUGGUCAUUGGCCCACAGAAAACUGGAACGACAGCACUUUAUCUCUUCCUACUCAUGCAUCCCUCCAUCUCCAGUAACUUCCCCAGUCCGAAGACGUACGAGGAAGUCCAGUUCUUCAACACCAAUAACUACCACAAAGGAAUUGACUGGUACAUGGAGUUUUUUCCCGUGCCCUCUAAUGUUAGCACCGACUUCCUGUUUGAGAAGAGUGCCAACUACUUCCCCUCUGAGGAGUCUCCCCGUCGAGCUGCUGCCCUGCUGCCCAAGGCCAAGAUCAUCACCCUGCUCAUCAACCCGUCCGACAGGGCAUACAGCUGGUAUCAGCAUCAAAGAGCUCACGAGGACCACGCAGCCCUGAGGUUCACCUUCUAUGAUGUCAUCACUGCAAGGGCGGGGGCGCCGGCCGAGCUCCACUCCCUGCAGAGUCGCUGUCUCAUCCCCGGUCUCUACUCCUCACACCUGGAGAGGUGGCUCACUAACUACCCCGCUAACCAGGUGAUGAUCAUAGAUGGCCAUCAGCUGAGAACUGACCCUGCAGCGGUGAUGGACGAAGUCCAGAAGUUCUUGGGAGUCACUCCUCACUUCAACUACUCCCAGACCCUCACGUUUGACCCCCAGAAGGGCUUUUGGUGCCAGCUCCUUGAGGGGGGGAAGACAAAAUGUUUGGGAAAGAGCAAAGGGAGAAAGUACCCUCCAAUGGAGCCAGAGGCUCAUGCAUAUCUCUCCAGGUACUACAGGGAACACAACGUGGAGCUGUCAAGGCUGCUGCAUCGCCUCGGACAGCCCCUCCCCUCCUGGCUCAGAGAGGAGCUGCAGAAGGUAUUUGUACGGCCCGGGUUGUUGCAGGAAAGCUCGCUAAACCUCAAAGGACAAUUACGGUUAUAGUUUUAUUUUUUAUAUUCCUAAUCAUCAUUUAUAAAGCGUUGCCAAAUUUUGAUUACAUUUUGUUCACCUCUGAUUGUUGCAUGGAAAUAUAUUUGUCAUCACCUCUUUCAACAGAACCUGUCUCACUACAAACUAGUGAGAGAGGAAAGAAAAAGCACAAUACGAGAAGGCUACACAUUUUGACAGAACAUUCUAUGUUCUUCACUUGUACGAAGAAUCGGAAUAAAUAUGUUAGCUCAACCUUACAAAGAAACAAAAUCAAAACGUUUGGAUAGAGUAGCUACAUAAAUGCGUCUCGCUUCCUUGUGAGUAUUGUAUUUAAUAGAGGCUUGAGGCUUCCUGGUGUAAGUGCCAAUCAUGUCAGUUGAUCUCUGCACAGCCCUCUUUCUUCUGCGGUGCUCAACAUAGUUUUUCUUUCGUCUGUGGAUUUAUUUGUUCUGCUGUUUGCAACGGCUUGUGAAUUACAGGGAGCCGCUUGACGAGUCUGUUUAGGUUGUCCAGCCCAUUCGCUGUGAUUGCAGCGUGUUCUCCUUCCUUUUUCACGGUUGGUAUUUGAACGGGGGCGGUAAACAAAAUGGGAUUAAAUGACUACUUUCCCCCUGUGCUUUCUCUCUUCUCUGUUUCCCCUCUCUAUCCCCGCCCUCUCUUUACCACUUUCUGAAGGUUAGAUAACCUUUGCAUCCAUGAACCAGGGUUAAAGGUCACAGGGUUAAAGGCCCGGAGCACCUGCCCUUCGGAUGAUCCAUCUGUGACCUUUUAGUCCCCCCCUGAGGUGAAGCUAGGACGGGAUACCUUGUCACUCCUGGGAGCUGUGACGCAGCUGGGCUGAAGCCGAACUCUUUGAAGGACGACAGGUGUGAUGGAGGAGUCAGAGCUCCAGGUGACUCUGCCAGCUCGGCAGAAUGUGGGACUAAAAGGAAGAUGACCGUGAUGGACAAGGAGCAUUUGGAAAGUCCCUAAAACUGGGGGUGAACUCUCGUGAAGAGCUGCGGCGACUUUGAUAGUUAUUACUUUUUCAAUUUUCACCUCUAAUUUAUGAUGCCAGAACAGCGCUGGUCAGCUGUGUGUGGUUCUCAUAGAGAUGACUUUGCACUAAGUUCUGUCCCAUUUAUCUCUCCAAGAUAAAAGAAACCUCCUAUGUGGUUAUGUUUGUCUUUUUUUUAUCUUUUAGUUGUUGUUUCUUUUGUCACAAUGAGAGUAAGCAGGGAUGAUAAGUGCUUUGACUCAGGGUGAUCGACAGGAUUCCCAUGAUAAGUUAAUUCAUUGUUUUUAUGAGCUUAUUUUUUUAAGUGAAGCUAGUUUCUGGUAGAUCUGGUAGCGUUGUUCACCUUUAGAGAUGUCACUUUUUUUGGCCCAGAAAUGGGUCCCUAAAGCAAGAUGCAUUGCACGCUCAUUAUUUUCCUGUUAAAAACCAUGCAGAAGAACUCUGUGUCCAUUUAGCAGAGCAUGAGCGCUGACGAUUCGGGCACCAAGGACUGAGGCCUCAUGAGUGUGUGACAAAAAAGAUCUUUAUGGAUGUGACACUUAAUUCCGAGACUCUUUAAGUAGCUACAAUUACCGCAGUUUUUGUUUUGUCCAUGUUUCAUCAAAGUAUUUUUCUUUCUUUUUUAAAACCAGUGGCCUACGUUGUUGAGCUUCUAUUUGACUGCAAAAAAUAUAUAAAUGUCAAACACAGAAACAGAAAUAAAAGAAAUGCAUAUUACUCAUGA